AUUUUAGAAAACCAUGCAUCGGCCAUCUCUAAUAUCACAGUAUUUAAUCUUAUUCAAGAUGAAAAUUUUUAUAUUAAGUGCCGCCAAAUUUCUACUAUUUUGAAACCUAUAAAGGAGUUAACAAAUUGUUUAGAGGCCAAAAUGGCCAAUUUAGCCAAUACCUUUAUUGGGUUAAUUAAAUUAGCAGCAAGUAUUAAUCAAGUUGAAGAUUCUAAUAUAUGGAAAUCAAAUCUUAUUGCUAAUUUUAAUCGACGAUUUUAUGAAAUU